UAGCAUUUCGCAAUGAGCGGAGUAGUGUCGACAGGCACUUCUAGGCCAACCGUCAAACAUGCUCCAUCACAUUUUGUCGUUGCAGCGAUCGACUUCGGUACAACUUUCAGUGGCUACGCGUUUUCUUUCACGAGAGAUCCGGACAGUGUGCACAUGAUGAGAAAGUGGGAGGGCGGAGACCCUGGUGUCACAAACCAAAAGACACCCACAACGCUUCUGCUCAAACCCAACGGCGACUUCCACUCGUUUGGAUUCAGCGCACGAGACAACUAUCACGAUCUCGACGAGAACGAGGCCGAACGAUGGUUUUACUUCGAGAAAUUCAAGAUGACCCUUCAUUCCAAUCAGGAGCUUCACAAAGGAGUAGAAAUCGAAGCAGCUAACGGGAAGGGCAUGCUUGCACUGAAGAUCUUCGCUCAUGCGUUAGAGUUCUUUAAGGAGCACUGCCUGCAGGAGCUCUCGGACCAGUCGUCGACGCGAAUUACCAAUGAAGACGUGCGUUGGGUCAUCACGGUACCGGCCAUUUGGAAGCAGCCGGCCAAGCAGUUCAUGAGACAGGCAGCCUAUGAGGCUGGACUAGCGAGCUCUGAAAACCCGGACCAACUACUUAUUGCUCUGGAACCUGAAGCUGCCUCCAUUCACUGCCGCAAACUAAAGCAGCGAGAAAGUCUUCAAGAGAUCGAUGCACAGAGCCAGCAGUCGAAAAGCAUCCCGCCAGUAAAAUCUCCUUUGUCGACUGACUUCAUUGCCGGCACGCGCUACAUUGUAGUUGACUGCGGUGGCGGUACUGUUGACGUCACGGUCCACGAGGUGGAGGAUGGAGGAACUUUGAAGGAAUUGCACAAAGCGUCCGGAGGAGCGUGGGGCGCCACUGGAGUCGACACUGAAUUCCAAAACCUUCUCGUACGAAUCUUUGGUCAAAAAUUCAUUGAAAAGUUUUGCGCUGUCAAGCCGGCCGGAUGGGUCGACCUCAUGAUUGCGUUCGAAGCGAAGAAGAGAACAGCUAAUACAACCAAAUCUAAUCCUCUCAACAUGUCGUUACCGUUUUCUUUUAUCGACCUGUACUUGAAAGUGACAGGAAAGAACGUGGAGACGGCGAUUAAAAAUUUUGGCGACCCGGAUGUCAAAUGGUCCUCUCAAGGCAUGCUGAGACUGGGUCCUGCUGCUAUGAACAAACUGUUUUCCCCAAUCGUGAAUAAAAUUGUCGAGCACGUCAAGGAAAUGCUAGCCAAACCGGACUUGUUCGGAGUCAACUUCCUCUUCCUUGUGGGAGGCUUUGCGGAAUCAGCUCUUCUUCAGUCGGAAAUUAGACAGCACUUCGGCGACCGUCUUCGAGUCAUAAUACCGCAAGAUCCCGGACUGGCGAUUCUAAAGGGAGCCGUCAUGUUUGGUCUCGACCCGACCAUUGUACGCGUGCGCCGUUCCGCUCUCACUUACGGCGUCGGCGUUCUCAACGCGUUCGAAGAAGGAAAGCAUCCGCCAGAGAAAAAGACGACCAAGGGAGGUAGAGAUUGGUGCACCGAUGUGUUUGAUACUUUCGUUGUGGUAGACCAGUGUUUGGCGCUUGGAGACACCGUCGUGAGAAGCUAUACGCCGGCGAAAGCUGAGCAGACCAGCACCAUCAUCAGUAUCUUUAGUUGCAACAAGGAGCACGCCAUGUUCACUACAGAUCCGGGCGUGAAACGAUGCGGCGAGCUUCAUUUGGAUAUGCCUGACACGACGGGCGGAAAUUCGCGCGAGCUUCAGAUGAUGAUGAUGUUUGGUGACACUGAAAUUAAGGUCGAGGCACUGGACCUCACUAGUGGCCAAAAAGCUCACGCCUCGAUAGACUUUUUGAAUAAGUAACAAAAGCCCAAACUGCAUGUCUGACGUAUAUAUGGUUCGUACAUAUAUAUUGAAAGCGUUUGGUACAUCAGUGGCGUAAUCAAAACAGACUGAGCACAUAAUACUGAAUAG